AUGUUCUUUUGGCAUCAGUCUGUUGUGGACGUUCAUUUUCAAAGUGUUACAAGUGUUUCGGUUUCACGAUGUUAAAAGUAACUCUGGUUUACACUAAAAAGAAGUCAGAUUUAGGACAAUCUGGACAUUUUAUUUUUAUUUUUUCACCUCCAGGUAUAUCACUGCAUCAGGCUGCAGUGUAACUAUGCAAAAAAUUUUUUUUUUUUUAAUUGCAUAUUAAAAUAAUAAAUGGAUAUGCAGGGAUUAUAUUGUAGCGAACAAAUAAUUGGUCAUAAUUCGAGUCAAAUACUGAAGAAUCAGAUACUAUUCUUGUUCAUUGAAUGCAUCAAAGCUAAAAGAAUUAAAGUAUCUUAAACGCAUCUGCAAAUGUCAUGUGUUUACAUGCACUCUUUUGAGUUCAAUAAAAAGCAUAUAAAGGUUAGGGGUGUGUGCUUCAAGGCAUUAAUGGAAAUAAUCUUGCAGUUCCUUCAAUAGAAACUAUAACUUCUAUUUGAGAGCCAACAGAAUAAUUGUUUUCUUGUCUUUUUGGGUAAUUGUCAGUAGGAAUAAAAUUGCUUCCCAUGCAAAGUUUUUCAUUCGCACAGCGUAACGAGGUCAUAAAGUCAAUAUUGCAUAAGCACAUAUGGUCUUCGAUGUAAAUACAUUAUCCAAGACCAAAAGUGUCUUUAUUUAUUUAUUGUUAAAUAAAUGUGUAGUUAAUAAUAACUAUUCAUAUGUGUAAUUUUUUUUUCUUUUUCAAAUUUUCAUAAAUAUACUUAAUGAAUAAACAAGCCUUCAAGCCGUCAAGGUUUUUUAAAAAUACCUAAAUGAAAUUAAACUUGAAUGCAGCAGACAUAAAAAAAAAUAACUCAUUAUUAUUUCUGCUGUCAAUUAGAUCCUAAACAUGUUGGCCAUGUCCACUGACUGCUGGGUGAGGCUGAGAGUUAAAAUAACACAGGACACUGAGAUAUUUUAAUAAAAUAAAUUAUUAAAUAACAUAAUCUCCUUUAAGAUGUAAGGGAAACAUUUGGAAGAUUAAAACAAAACAAAUUAUGAAUUGCACAACUAUAGGGACGUAUUUUGUAUUAGGUAUGGCAUUCCAAUUAUUAACUAGUUUAGCUAGUUUAAUAAUUACUAAACUAGCUAAUUAUUUUAAGACGCACAUAUCAAAAACAUUGUACCAUUGUCUGUUUUUAUGAAUUUAUUUAGUUUAACUCUUUUAUUAUUCAUUUUAGAAGAUUAAAAAGACCAAUAAAAGGAAUAAAAAUAACUUUAUUUCGCAAGUGUUUCCCAAUUGAGACAAACGCAUGAAGAUAUCUUUGAUCUUUUUGGUCAAUAUUACGUCACUCGGUCAAUUAAGUCUCAGCCUAAAAGCCACUGACUCAGUCUUCUCUACUUACUGUGUCCGACCAGCUGCUGUCACCUUGUGAAGUUUAACAGUGGGUUCUGAACGAAAUGAGGGAAAGGAAAAAAAAUAAAUAAAUAAAAAUAAAGUUAGCACAGCGUGUAGCGUGACGUCACCGCGGAUCCCCUCCAAAUCGCAGCGGGACACCCAGCUGGAGGAGUGGGAGGAGGUCCUUCCAUCACCCCCCAUGCGCUGUCUCUGACAGUCUGAGCUCCAGGAGAAACCUGACCGCUGGCGGAGCGUUAGCCCUGGACUUUUACCUGAACAAGUAGAGCGGUUUUACAGAAGCUCGUUGGUUUUCAGUCGUCGUCACUGAAGGACUGUGUUUUUACUGGACAGACUGUGGGAAGGCUGACUGCUUUGCUGAACGGUAGAAGGGGCCGUCGCAGACGUCCUCCGUCAUCCUCCUCUUCCCUCCGAGAAAGAGUGCGAGAGCCCCGGCGAGGGAAACGCGGGAAAGAGGAAGACGAUGUACCAAGAGCUGCUCCUCUCCUCUGCCCUCCUCUUCCUCCAUGUGAUGGGCACUCCCCAGUUCUUUGGGCAUCAUGGAAGGAGGGCGUGCAGCGGCGACCUUCGACACAAUGUCGUCCUGGCAACAGAGUCCUACGCCCAGGCGGUGCACAAGCCCUACAUCACCCUGUGUCAAGGCCAUCGCCUCUGCAGCACAUACAAAACAACAUACUCGUUAGCUUACCGGCAGGUGAGCAGGGUAGCGUCGGCCUCACAUUUCUACCCAGACUGCUGCCCAGGUUGGAGGAGAUUUCACUCACACAACUGCAACCAAGCUCUGUGUGCAGAACCCUGUACUAAUGGCGGCACCUGUUUGAAACCCAAUAAGUGUGCGUGCCCCCCCGGCUGGACGGGACACCGGUGCCAAACGGAUGUGGACGAGUGCGGCGGACGGCAGUCGUGCGCCCAGCUGUGCGUGAACACAGCUGGGAGCUACAGAUGCGCCUGCGGAGACGGCUUCACGCUUGCCGGAGACGGACGGUCCUGUCACCAGCUUCCACCUCCGCCGCCAUCUCCGUCCCUGACACCCACCCAGGGCAGCCAGGCAGCAGUGGGAGGCCACGCCGACGCGGGAGGAAGCUUCGGCCUGGCGGAAAACGUCACGGAGGAGGUCCAGAGCCUGAGGAACAGAGUGGAGCUGCUGGAAAAGAAGCUGCAGCUGGUGUUGGCGCCAUUCAGCAGCUUCUUCCCGCUGCCGCUGGACGACAGCUUCCCGGAGAAGACCACCCUACUGUCCCACUCCUUCCGGCAGCUGGACCGCAUCGACUCCCUCAGCGAGCAGAUCGGCUUCCUGGAGGAGCGCCUCGGCACAUGCUCUUGUCAGGAGAAUUAGCGGACAAGAAGAAAAAUCGUCAGAAGCCACAUCAGAGCUUUUUAUGACGCUGUGACGCAUGCGUCCGCACAAAUGUUUGAAGAUAUUUUUUUUUCUUCACCAUUCCAAAAAGAAAAAAAAACAAUUACUUUUUUUUUUAAUUUCAUUUGUUUUUGGUUUUCUAAGUCGAGUCUCUCCCUAUGGGGUCUUGAUGUUUUUGCAACGGUACCUGCAGCAGCGGGUCGGCCUCGCCGCCCUGCGUCGGUCGCAGCUUGACGUAUAGCCACGCCCAUCGGUGCAGCUGUGUUCUACUGUGUCAGAGCUCCACCCUGGUCCCCGGGGUGCCUUUUGCACACAUCUGUAUUUAUGUAUUUAAGUUAUGGUCACCCGUAGGCAUUCCUAAGUGCUCUUAGUUUUGAUCUAGUUUUGUAACGUUUUUUGUAAUAAAAGUCUGAAUUAAAAAAAACAAACAAACAAAACAAACUUGUGUAUGUGUGUUCAAUCAGUAUCAAACAAAUAAAUGAAUUGCUUUAUUUACGUGUGUGUGGGGGGGGGAGUCAUGGUUAUUUUUUUUUUCUAAUGAAUCUCUUCAAGUCAUAUUACAAGGUUUUGUCAGAUGGGUUUAUGACAGUGGGUAUGGUUGCUCCAAUAACAACAGUGUGGCUGGUUAAAGUGACCAUGACCCUGGCUCAAAAAAAAAAAAAAAAAAAAAAAAAAAGCCAGCGUUGCAUUUGAGUCAGAAGUCAGAUAAGAUGAUUAAAGCCUGAAGCAAUAGGUGCCUGAUCUGACGUCAGAAAUAUGUUGCGAUUACAAAACACACACACAAAAAUACUUGAUUUUUUUUUUUUCACGAGAAGCAAGCUGCCAAACCAUCUGCUUUGAAGUGAGUGCUGAUGGACGUUGAAGUCAGUGAAUCCUGAAUUUAAGACGUUUUAUACGUGGUUGCUACUUUUACAAUUUCUUUUCUUCUUAGACGAGCGGAAACAGCUUCUGAACUAAAUAGGAGCCGUUUCUACACUCGGCCCGUCAACGCUUGUAGGAAAGUAGUGGAAUGAAGCAGGGAACCAGUAUUGAAACAUGCUCAAAAAGGUGCAAAAAUCCAAGAAGUCUUCCCCCCCCCCCAGUAUUUAGAAAGUAUCAGCGCUACUAUAUCAGCUGGUGGAAUAUUAACCAAUGAUCUAUCAAAACAAACAAACAAAACGUUCUGAUUAACAAGCUGCGUUUGGUAAAAUGAUUGAGAGGAUCUUUUUUUUUUUUUAAAGAGUUGCGGGAUACUUGAACCUGCCACAAUGGCAUCAAAUGCACUAUCACUACGCAAGACUUCACUUUUGAGAAAAAGAUUGCCGGUGCUUGUUUGAUUUGAACAAUCCAGGGAAGCACCAGGAUCGAUGUGGUCUGGUCAGAUGAGGCAAAAUGUCAUUGUGCAAACCACGUUGGGAGAGACACGGGAAAACUGAAACUGGGCUUUCUCAUUGCAUGUGCUGCCAACAGUUUUUAACAGGUGAAUGCAAUUGUUAUGCAAUUACCGUCUCGUUUAGAAAAUUUUACACAAAACAAUAACAUCCGCAGAGACACUUAUGAAAAAACAAAACAAAAAACAACCUUUUAUUUUCCUCCAAUGCAAAGCAUUCACCUUUACCAAGAGUAGGGCAACAGAAUGUAGAUUCAUACAAACAUCACUCACACAAGGCCCGGCUCCAUUUCUCCUACGCAUCUAAAUUUCACUUUUGGCUUAAAAAAAAAAAAAAAAGAAUAAAAAUAAUAAGAAUAAAGGGCGGGGAGAAACAGAUCAUUUUCAUGUCAAACUCGAGGAAUAAAAAGUGCUUUAUUGAAGUUGGGAAUAUCUUAAAAUUAUUUCCUACAUAUUAAAGAAGCGGCCAAAACUUGACGGUAAUGAUUGCUGUAGAGCCGGUUGCGUCAAUAGAAAUAAUAAUACUUAAAAAAAAAAUAAAUAAAAAAAAAAUAAAAAAAAAGUAGGAGUACUAGUAUAAUAAAACCAGGAAAUUAACAGAAUAUAUAUGAUACACUUUGUAUUUUUGGAACAAUCCAGUUUGGUAGAGUGCUUUUAAACAUUUGGAGAAGUUGUUGCAGACUUCAAAUACUUCUUACAAAAAAAAAAAAAAGGCAACAAUCUGAUCUAACCUAGAAAAAACAAACAAACAAAAAAACAAACCAUUUAGUUAUUAGUAGUACUGGAGUAUACUGAAAUGCCAUCCAGGCUCUCUCAUGUAUUCGAAGCUGGAAUCCCUAAAACUACCGAGUGCAAACAGCAGCGUACAGACUGAACAUGUACGUCUAGAUGAAUGAAUUUAUUUACUCUGAAGGACUGUGUUUAUAACAAGCUGGGAGAAAAUUUGCAGCUCAAAAACAAAAUAAAAAAACCCCUAACUUCUAGGUGCUUAAACCUGCUGUACGCUGCAGAACAGAACAGGUGCGGUAUAAAGUAAAAAUACUUUAGGAAAACCUAACUUUUAAUUUGAGUACAUUUUGUUAUUUUAACCCCUAGUGGUACCUAUAACAUAAACGUAUUCGUUUUAUGCAUUUCUUUAAAGAAAAAUAAAAUUAGAAUGAAACUUUGACAGUACCUAGAUGGUCAAAAGAAAAGAGAGAGAGAGGAAAAAAAAAACAACCUUUUUCUGACUUGAAGAUUAUUAGUUAAACUCUACUUGAGAGUUUAAAUGGAACAAAGUGCUUUGGUCAAAUUUAACCUGAUUUUUUUCUUUUUGGAACCAGUCACUCUUAUUGCGAAGUACGUUGGAGGACCUGUGAGGCUGCGGGCACGUUUUUCCAGCCAGAGCGCCUUUAAAGUGUCCAAGCGAUCAUUCACUUUUUGAAAUACUACGGCAUUUAAAAAAUUAAAUAAAUAAAUAAAAAUUGGUAAUUGGGGUAUUUUGGUAGGAUAAUGCACCAAAAUAUUUGGUCAAAGUCUUCAGACACAAUAUCAACCAUCUUGCAUUUCGCCAGAAAAUCUGUGAAAGGACAGAAUUCUGGUCAAUCUAGACACGAUUCCCAGAGAAGUGUGCUUCCUUGUUAUGAAUGCUUCGACAUUUUAAAACAUUAGAGAAGUUCCUAUAAAGUAUGUGCAACUGAAUUAUUUCUAUUCACUUGUUUAAGAUUAUCAGAAUGCCGAGGAACUUUUCAUUAGCAAUCAACAAUGUUCUGUUUCCCUGGUACAUAGCAAAACAAACAUUUCUAAGGAUUUUCAACCAAUUGUUUAAGGGUCACCGAUAAAUGGAGGCUGCAGUAGCUAAAAAUUAUCUUCAGAAAAGUAAAGAACAAAAACAAGACCCUGAACACUGCAGUACAUUCUUAAACGGCGUUUGAUGGGCAAAACAGGUGACCGUGUAAAGGCAGUGAGCAAAACCUGGAGGCAAAAAUAACAGGAAGUCAGUCAGUCUGAUGUGGUUAAUCUAAGACACAACAUAAAGAAAAACAAAAUGCCAAAAUGUCAAAGCGCAACAGCAACCAAACCAAAAAUAAGGCCAAAAAAUCUUCACUAUUUAUUUCAAAUAAUGCAGUAAUCCCUCUGGAGAAGAAGUCUCAACUUAAUCAAAACUAAAAACUAUUUGUUUUUGUUUUUUUUUGAAGAUGAACAACAACAAAAACUUCAGUUCAGUCACCCAAAAAUAGAUUUUUAACUUAAACUCCUAUUAGGUACAGGCUUGCUAAUCGCGUGAGAUAAGAAUUAGUGACACGCCCAUUAGAUUGGCUUCAUAUUAUUGGUAAAAGGUAAAUCAGUCAGCAUUCCUUAGACGUUUUUAUAGGAAAUGUCAUGGCACAGCAGGUAGCUUGCACUUUGGAACUGUAAUACUAAAACGGCAUCACUUCAAGACAGUCAGUCGCCUUCCGACACAUUUUAAAUAUGGAGUUGUUCCUAAGGAGCAAAAACACGUGGUUCGCUUUUAAAAAGCCGGAAAACAAAUCUAAUCCUAUGUGGAAAAUAUAAAUAGAGCAAAAAAAAAAAACUAAACAAAAAAAACAUACACACAGAAGACCGCGAGAGGAAACUUGCUGCUGAUUGCUGCACGACGGUUAUUUCUGCUGCUUUGGAAAAAGAACACAAACACAAGACACUGAUCAGUUUGCUAAGCUCGUUAAUCGAUCGCUGACGGGGUGUCACGCCGCCGAGCCAAUGUGAACGUAAACGAGUUGAAUUCGUAGCGUUUCCUCCAACCUCGGGUGGAGAUCCCGCUCUGCUGGCCAUUUGAGCAAAGAGUCUGGAAUGCCGAAAAGUCAGAAAACAAUAAAGAGCAAAGGAAGGACGAAGAUGGGGUGCUGUGAGUAUAUCUAUAAAGAAGAAAAUAAACUCAAGGCAAUAUGAGAGGAGCACAUAAAUAUCCAGAGACGUUAUGGGGAAAAAACCGUCAAAGUUUAUCCAAUAAACAAAAGGCAACAAGAAAAAAAAAAA